GUUUUAUUAGUUGGUUGUCUUAUAAUUUUAAUCAAUUACUGAUUAUUAUUGCAUCUAAGUGCGUGUUGGUGUUAAGUUAUAAAUUUGCCUUAUUGUAAAGGAGAUGACAAUACUUCUGCUUAUGCUCCUGCUGUCGGUAGGCGUCGUUUGGGGUAGAUCCUCCCUAGAAGAAGACCGAGACUAUUUCCAGCCCUUUCUUACCUCUUCGCAGAAACGUCGAGUAUGCGUCGAGCUCUGUUUAUCAGGGUUGGGCGGCCGCACCUGCGGAGACGACUGCUCCGACAUUCUCCCGCAGGACCUUCCUAUCCAGUCCCGUGUGGGCGACAGGACAGACAGCGAUACUGAGAAAAAUGUCACGCGAAGCGACUCAUGCACUUUUCUUUGUAACAAUAAUUUGGGGGAUCCAUUGUGUGCUUGUGAUAACGUGAACGUUAGUAGGAAGCCAGAAGAAGUGGACUUUUUGCAAAUUUGCAGCCAGUUUUGCAUAAAAUACAACUACAGAAUUGCUGGUUGCCAAAAAUGUAACAUCUACAAAGAAGUAUUUUCAUCAUCAGGGUCUGGAUCUACAAGAUUUUCUUCGCAGAGUUUACAAAUGAAUACUUAUGCUGGAGUCGAUUGGUACGCCUGGUGUACGCGCAUGUGCGCUAAAGGUGAUGGUGGAGCAGCUUGUGCCUGCGAUCGAUUACCAAUAUAAUGACGAUAUGGCUUGCUGCAGACAAAUUUCGACCAUAAAUUGAGCUAGCAUUCCAAAAUAUUUGAAGAAUCGAAAAAUAUUUUUAUAUCUCAUGUAACAUCAUUUAAAUCACGAUACUAUUUUUUAUUCCAACCUAUUUACAAUAAUUAAAACAUCAUAGAUAAAGUCUA